AUGGAAGAAUUGGACAUAGUGAUAGUGGGAGGUGGCAUUGCUGGUCUUGCAACUUCACUUGCUCUUCACAGGAAGGGUAUAAAGAGCGUUGUGCUGGAGAGAUCAGAGUCUGUAAGAUCACAAGGAGCAGCGUUUGGUAUUCAGACUAAUGGCUGGCUUGCUCUUGAACAACUUGGUGUUGCUGAUAAGCUUCGUCUCAAUUCUCUUCCAAUUCCUCAGAUAAGAGAUGUUAUGUUCGAAAAAGGGAUCAAACGAAGGGAAUCAGUCGGGCUAGCGUCGUAUGGAGAAGUAAGAGGUGUAAUAAGGAAUGAUUUGGUCCGAGCUUUGGCUCAUGCUCUUCCUCUUGGAACUCUCCGGCUUGGUUGCCAAAUUGUGUCGGUUCAGCUCGACGAAACAACGUCGUUUCCCAUUGUACACGUUCAAAACGGAGAACCUAUUAAAGCCAAGGUUUUGAUUGGCUGUGACGGAUCAAAUUCUAUAGUCUCUAGAUUUCUAGGACUGAACCCGACUAAAGCCCUUGGUGCUCGAGCCGUUAGGGGGUUCACAAAUUACCCGGACGGUCAUGAGUUUCCGAACGAGUUUAUAAGAAUCAAGAUGGACAACGUCGUAUGCGGACGACUUCCUAUAACUCACAAACUCGUCUUCUGGUUUGUUGUUUUGCUCAAUUGUCCCCAAGAACUAGACUCGAACCUCGUAAAAAAACAAGAAGACAUUACAAGAUUGACACUAACAUCGAUAGGCGAAUUCUCGGAAGAUUGGAAAGAGAUGGUGAAGAACUGCGAUAUGGACUCUUUAUAUAUAAGCCGGUUAAGGUAUCGUGCUCCUUGGGACGUUAUGUCCGGUAAAUUCCGACGUGGCACUGUGACAGUUGCCGGAGACAGUAUGCACUUGAUGGGUCCAUUCUUAGGACAAGGAACUUCAGCUGCGCUCGAGGACGGUGUCGUCUUGGCUAGAUGCUUGUGGAGGAAGUUAGGUCAAAACAGUGUGAAUAGUAAUGUCUCUUACUCCGCUUCAAGGACGCAAUUCGAAGAGGCGAUUGAUGAGUAUAUUAGAGAAAGAAGAGGGAGACUUGUGGGACUCUCGACACAGACGUAUCUUACCGGUUGUUUGAUUGAAGCCUCGUCUCCGGUAAGGAAGAUCUUGUUUGUAGUUUUAUUGAUGAUUCUGUUUCGUGAUCGAAUUGGUCACACUCGAUAUGAUUGUGGCCGUCUAUAAAAUUUAUCAUACCAAUUUGAAUGCGAGAGAUUGUCUGAUUCUGUUUGCAAAUGUGUUGUG